AUGGAAAUAGUGGAGCAUAUGCUUUUUGACUGUGAAUGGACAAAGGCAGUCUGGUUUGGGAGCAUGUUGAAUUUUCUGAUGGAACAUGGAGCUAUUACGAAUGUGGCACAAUGGACAACUCAAUGGGGGGAUGACGGGAUGUUUAAAGAAUCUGGAAAGGAAAUUCUAAGCAAAACUGCUUUGAUUGGUUGGUAUAUAUGGAAGGCAAGAAAUGAUUUCACUUUUAACUUUGUGCCUGUCAAUCCAUAUGACACACUCCAAAAAAUACACCAUUGGUGGAACGAAUGUAAUCUACAAGGUGGGGAAAAGAACACCGUGGCUAGUGCUGAUAGCUCAAGGGAAUACAGAGAAGGGUCUGGCUGGACACCUUCCCAGGUGGGGAAUUUUAAAGUUAAUUGUGAUGCAUCUUUCAACAGGUCAUCGACAAAUGCUUCUGCGGCAGCCAUCCUUGGGGAUUCAAAGGGCCAUAUUAUUGAUGGGGUUAUUACAUCCUUCUUCUCGGCAUUAGCUUUGCAAGCUGAAGCGUAUGCAGUGCGACUGGCAUGCCGUUUAGCCCAGAUGAAUGGACUUUAUGCAGCUAAAAUUGAGAAUGAUAAUCAAGAGCUCAUUAAACUGUGUGUGUCUGAAACAGUCCCUCUAUGA